CUCAGUAGGUCAACCUCCUCUGUGUCCGCCUCUCUGUCUGUCUGUCUCACCCUCUCCAGUUAAACUAAAGCUCAGAAACUUUAACAAUUUUCUGGAAACCUUGAAGAACAACUUUGAAAUUAUCAAGAACAAUAAAAGACAAAACAAAGAAGUGUUUACUGGAUUUCCUUCCUUGGAUUUUUCUCCUUUGGGGAAGGUUUUAGUGUAUUUUUAGACCUGCUGUGAUCCAGCUUAACCACAAUUGCUGUGCGCUUUUUGCUGCCCGGAUUUGAGUGUUGCUUCCAUCGUCUUUUUCUCACAAUCAACCGGGGCCAAAGAGGAUUUAACGAAGGAGUUACAUGCGCGUUUCCAUGGUAACGGCGCAUUUCCAGAGCCUUUGAAGGACUGAAGGUUAUCACUGAACAUCCAGUAGACUCAAAGCCCAAGCCCUCAGCUCUCAACAAUGAGCAGUCAGACUAACGGCGAGGAGGCGGCCCCUUCAGCUCAGACCAAUCAGAGGACAUUUCUGGACGAUGUCAUUCUGACCUUCAGUUCACCGAUGGCUUGGCUGCUGGUCAUUGCUCUGGUCAUCACAUGGUCGGGAGUCGCCAUCGUUCUCUUUGAUCUGCUCGACUAUAAAACUCUGACAGAGUACACAUCAUACUGUGACGACCCCGUGUGUUUAUCUCCUGGUAUCCCUCCUCCUUCUGCCUUCGCCAAGAGAGGUUUGAGGCCUAGAGGUGGUGUUCGUCCAGUAAAAUCAAGCACAGCUGGAGUCCCUGCAGUUCAGGAGAGCACCGAUUGGUUGGAGUUGAUUUGGAAUUUUGCGGCCAGUUUGGUAGCUCCUGAUGAGGAGGAGGAAGGUAUUCACCAGCUAACUGAAUCCCUCACAUCUUUCCACUCUGAGGAGCUCUGAACAAGAGGAACGUGCAAAGAGGACAAGAGGAUGAAGAGGAGAGG